AUGCCUUCACCUUAUCGGAGAUCGUGCCGAGACUGCGUUAAAGCGAAACGUCGCUGUGACUUAAAUUCACCGUGCUAUCGCUGCCGUGUUCGAUCCUUGCCGUGUACAUAUGAGAAACCGCCACACAAGAGACCUAUAGCAGUCGCUGAAAUUACAGACGGUGAACAUCUUAUGACGCCAGUCUCGCCGCAAAGUGUCACUACUCGUAGCGCCAACGCUACGGAAAUUCCGGAUGCAAAUACGGCUAUCGGCCCCUUGGAUGUGUAUGAUAAUGCUCCCGCGGGUCAGGCCUUAACUGGGUCGGCUUUCCCCCCUUUCCCGGACUUUGACUUGGACUGGCAGGAUAUCAUGAAAGAUAUCGAUAGCUACGCGGUCCCGGACCAAGUUGGGAUGGAUAACACGGCGCCGACCCGGAGUGUCUUGGUAGGUGAGAUAUAUCAAGAGCGGAUUAUUUCAGCAGUGAAUCAAUUCAAGUCCUGGCCAAGUAUGUUCGCAAUGCGUGGACAUACCCCGUUUAUACACGCCCGGUUAUACACACACCAACUACCAUUGGUCAUGCAAGAAGCUCUUGGAGUGUGUUCCCUUUAUACCCACAAAAAUAGUCAAAACGAACACUUAGUCAAUCGGUGCAUCAGCGAAGCGGCGCGACGACUAAUAAGGGAAUACUCCGAGACGGGCAAUAUGUCACCCACCGAACAAUUAGCCUCAGUGCAGGCAUUGUGCAUCUACCAAAUCGUUCAACUAUUUGAUGGUGAUAUCGCGUUACGGUCGCAGGCAGAAGAGGCAGGGCCUAUCCUGGAUCGAUGGCUUCGACAGCUCAAAUGCCAAGCCAAUCCGGUCAGCGAUUCAUUAAAACAUGCGACUAACACAGGGUCUGCACACGAUGCAUGGCGGGCGUGGGUAUCUGAUGAAUGUAUACGACGAACCCUCAUCGUCGGCUUUUCCAUUGAAGGGCUCUACUCGUUUCUCAAACACGGUUGGGAUGCUUCGCACCAUGAUUUUGUGGAUCUUUGUUUCUAUGCACAACGGGCGCUCUGGACUGCACCAUCCGAAUACUUCUGGCUAGCAGCUCUUCAGGACCACUUGUUGCUGCCAGUGUGGUUUCGGACAUGGGAGCACGACAUUGAUCAAGCGCAACCAGGAGACAUGGAAGAGCUCGGGAUGAUAAUGAUGGGGUUUAUAAAGGGAAUAGAUUAUUGUCGUCAUUGGCUAGGAAAAGAUGCACUCCAAAAAUUUGGUCUCGCGUUAAACGAACUUGGCUCAUCCGCCUGA